AUGGAGGACAAACGGAAGGGGAAGGCCGUCGCCAACAAUGAAGAGCGAAGGCAGCGCCAGCGGCGUGAGCGUGAGGCGAAAGCCGUGGAAGACACUGCGACUUCAGGGCGGACGCCGACUGCAGGCGGCAACGGGGCUUUGCAGGAGCUUCCACGGGUGACGGCGGCGACUACGCCCGCUCUAGGCCCCCCACCCGGCGCCUCUUCCCAGUUCGCAGACAACGGGCGUCCGCAGCACGCGCAGAUCGGUAACGCCGGUGCGCCUCAGGGUCACGGCAGUACUGUCAUUGAUCAGCAGCGCCUCCGCGACCAGCCUUCUUCUUCACGGGCAAGAGCACCAGGAUGCACUUGUUGCGGCGGAGCGCCCACCACGCGGGUUGUUCUCAACCUGCCCGUGUGCGAGGCUUGCUACAGGUGGGCUUUUCACGCCGGUGCGCCUCAGCAGCACGCGCAGAUCGGCUACGCCGGUGCGCCUCGGGGAGCAGUGCGCAAUCCAGCCCACAAUGGACCUCCGCAGCACGCGCAGAUCAGCUGGCCUCCACCCCUCCACACCUUGGCAAAGCCUGCACCGCCACCGGAGCGGCAGUCUUCUUCACGGGCAAGGGAGCAGCAGCUCCAGAUCCUGGCUGAUGUGAUGAGGCUGCACGUGGUCAAUAAUCUGAAGAACCCUUUCUCGCUCGUCCGGUCCGGCCCGGCGAACCCAGCGCCUCAGCGGCAGUCUUCUUCACCAGGAUGCUACAGCAAUAUCUUCACCGGCAACGGGCCCUUGUUCAGCAGCGCCGGUGCACGUGCACCCCAGGGUCAGGGUCACGGUACUGCCAUUGAUCAGCAGCGCCAGCUCGAACUCCUCCGCGGCCAGCCUUCUUCUUCACAGGCAAGGGCACCAGGAUGCUCUUCUUGCGGAGCGCGCGCCACGCGGGUUGCUCUCAAGAUACCCAUGUGCGACGCUUGCUACAGGGAUGCAUUCAUGGCCAACGCGCCUCCUCAGCACGCGCGGAUCGCCUCCAAGCUUCCGAGUCCAGUCCCCACUCCCAGCAACGUGCAUCCGGAGCUCCCAGCAACGCCGGCGCCGAGUCCAGUUCCCACUCCCAGCAACGGCAACCCCGGCCAGCCUUCACCCGCUAUGCGGGAUUUUCUGGCUCUCAUCGAGAGUCCUUCACCGGCGCCGGCAGCAGGGCAGCAGCAGCAGCCUGAGGUCAACCUGGACCUCCGCCUCGCCCAGCCUGGGCAGCAGGAUCCACCGCCAGGGCAGCCUGAGUGA